UACGGCAGCUGGGUUGUCCAAAAGGUACCAGACAUGAACACGGAGAGAAAUACAAAUUAGCGUUGUUUUCUUUCUCUUUAUUCAUAAUCACAACAUUUCAGGGCUUUGCCGAUGACUUGGCAUCACGUAGCCGAAUAGAGGAGCAGCAGACAGGCAGUGUUUUGGGGACCUCAUGGGUGGGAAGAAGAAGAAAGCGGCGGCUCCGGCGGCCCCGGCGGCCCCGGCAGCGGCGGCAGCGGCGGGCAGGACUGAUGCUGCUGCUGCGGGUAACUGCGCGGCCGAGGAUCCGAAGAAGGCAGCCAGCACCAAGCCGACUAAAGCUGCCAAAGAGAACAAGUCCAAAGCUCCGAAGACCUACAGUCUUGCCAACACAGCUCAGGUGGACACAGGUGGAGUCACAGACAAGUCCAUUCUUAAAGUUGUGAUCCAGGCCGACCUGGAGAAGAAGAUCAUCAAGCUGAUCAAUGACUUCCGAGAGGAGAACGGGGACAAAGGGCCGGUGUCGGGCCGACUCACCAACAAGAAGCUGCUGGACUUGUACACAGCGCUGCAGAAGUUCAACUUUAAGAGAGAACACAUCGAGGAGGCGAUGAAGAGCAGCGUGCUGUACGGAGGGGAUCUCCACUCCGCCCUCGACUGGCUCUGUCUCAACCUGAAAGACGAUGAGCUGCCGGAAGGUUUCACGCAGCAGAUGCAGGAGGAGAGUCAGAAGAGCAGGCCCAAGUUCCAGCCCGCUGCUCAGCAGGAAGCUGCAGCGCCGAGCCCCAAAGCCCCCAGCGACAGCCGCAAAGAGACCCCCAAGACCCCAGAGAAGGAUGAAGCUGCGAGCAUGAAGGAUUGGAUCUUAAGGUACGCGGAGAAGAGCAGCGACGAGGAGGAAGAGGAGGAGGAGAAAGGGAAGAAGACACGCAAUCCUGAGCUGGAUGAAAAGUUUGAUCCAAACGACAGGUAUCUGGUCCUUACUGCUCAACUGUAUGACGCAAAAGAUGUGGCGGCUGUUGCCAAGACGAAAGGAGACAAGGCGGGCCAGAGGAUGGCACAGGACAGGAUACGCAUCAUACAGCAAGAGAUGAAGCAGCUGGAGCCCCACCCCAUGUUCAAUGCAGCUCUGAAGGUGGUGGACGUGCCUCAGAAGGAAAAUAAGAUUCUUCCAGUCAGCGAGGACGUGAGCUUCAGCCUGUUCGAACACGCAGAGAAGGCCGCUCCUGCAGAGAAAGUUGAGAAGAAGAACGAGCCAAAGGACAUUCGCAACUUUGACUACACAGCUCGCAGCUGGACGGGGAAGUCCCCCAAACAGUUCCUCAUCGACUGGGUCCGAAAGAACCUCCCCAAGAGUCCACCGCCCGCCUUCCACAAGGUCCCUGCUGGGAAAUACUGGAGGUCCAAGGUGCGCGUUCAGAGGACAGAAGAUGUUCUGGAAGUUUGUCCCAAGAUCGUGACGGAGGACAGCAUGCAGGCUCAGCAUCUGGCCGCCACGCUGGCCCUCUACAACCUGGUUAAGGGACAGUCGGUGCACCAGCUGCUGCCUCCGACCUACAGAGACGUGUGGCUGGAGUGGAGAGACAGCGAGCAGCAGCAGCAGGAAGAGAGCCGCACUGCAGCCAACAAACCCCGAGACCAGUUCAUCUCCCGGCUGCUGACCAAACUCAAACAGCAGCAGAACCAGGACCAAGAGCAGGAGUCUGGAUCCCAAGGCCAGCUGGGUCUGGGCAGUGCAGGCGAUGAAGAGCCGGAGGAGUCGUGGGAGAACCUGGCCGGCCUUGAUAUCGGGGAGGGAGGAGAAGAAGUGGAGGACAAGAGUGAGAGAAGAGGCCGGAGGGAAGCAGCGCUGGAGGCCUCCAGAGAGCUUUUAAUGAAGCUGAGGAAGUCGUCACUGGCCCACAGACUGAAGGCAGAGCGAGAGCAGCUUCCUGUCUUCAAACACCGGCAUCGCGUCCUGGAGGCUCUGCAGCGCCACCCUGUGGUGGUGGUGGCCGGCGAGACAGGAAGUGGAAAGAGUACGCAGAUCCCUCAGUUCCUGUUGGAGGAGCUGCUGUGCGGCGGAAAAGCGGCGAGGCCCUGCAACAUCGUGGUGACGCAGCCCCGCAGGAUCUCUGCCAUGAGCCUGGCCUGCAGAGUCAGCGAGGAGAUGGGCUGCGAGGAGGGAGCGGGAUCCAGGUCGUCGCUGUGUGGAUACCAGAUCCGGAUGGAGAACCAGUCCGGGGAGUGGACCCGCCUGCUGUACUGCACCACUGGAGUCCUGCUGAGGAAGCUGCAGCAUGACAGACACCUCAGCUCCCUGACGCACAUCAUCGUGGACGAGGUGCACGAGCGCAGUGUCCAGUCUGACUUCCUGUUGACCAUCCUGAAGGACGUUGUGAUGAGGAGAUCCGACCUGCAGCUGAUCCUCAUGAGCGCCACCGUCGACUGUAACAAGUUCUCCAACUACUUCAACCGCUGCCCCGUGAUCAGCAUCCCCGGCCGGACGUUCCCAGUGGAGGUGUCCCACUUAGAAGACAUAGUGGAGCAGACCGGGUACGUCCUGGAAAAGGACUCGGAGUACAGCCAGAAAAUCCUUGAAGACGAGGAGGAAGUCAGCAUCUCUUUCUCACAGAAAGGUGGCAAAACAUCCCAGCACCAGGAGGUGAUAUUAAGAGACUCCUCCUCCGGCUGGGACCUGGGUCCAGAUCUGGACCACUUCAGCAGCAGAACCCGGCAGGUGCUGCAGUACAUGAACCCGAACAAGAUCAACAUGGACUUACUGGUGGACCUCAUCGCCUAUCUGGACAAAUCUCCACAGUUUGCGGAGAUGGACGGAGCCGUGCUCGUGUUCCUCCCGGGUCUGGCUCACAUCCAGCAGCUGUUCGACCUGCUGACCUCCGACAAGAGGUUCAGGGACAAAAACAGGUUCAAGGUCGUUGCUCUGCACUCGACGCUCUCGUCUAAGGACCAGGCUGCUGCCUUCACAGUGCCCCCUGCUGGAGUGAGGAAGAUCGUCUUGUCCACUAACAUCGCUGAGACAGGCGUCACUAUUCCCGACGUUGUGUUUGUCAUCGACACUGGAAAGACGAAGGAAAAUAAGUACCACGAGAGCAGCCAGAUGAGUUCUCUGGUGGAAACCUUUGUUUCCAAAGCCAGCGCCCUCCAGAGGCAGGGCCGAGCGGGACGCGUCCGCAGCGGCUUCUGCUUCAGGCUCUACCCGAAGUUCAGGUUUGACACCUUCAUGGAUUACGCCAUUCCAGAGAUACUGCGGGUCCCACUGGAGGAGCUCUGCCUUCAUAUUAUGAAAUGUCAGUACGGCUCCCCGGAGGAGUUUCUGAGCCGGGCGCUGGACGCUCCGCUGCCCCAGUCGGUCAGUAACGCCAUCAACCUGCUGAGGAAGAUCGGCGCCUGUCACCCCGACACUCACGUCCUCACCCCUCUGGGACACCACCUGGCCAGUCUGCCCGUCAACGUGAAGAUCGGCAAGAUGCUCAUCUACGGAGCCAUCCUCGGCUGCCUGGAGCCCAUCGCGACCAUCGCGGCAGCCAUCUCCGAGAAGUCUCCCUUCUCCACCCCCAUGAACAGGAAGGAGGAAGCCAACCUGGCCAAAGCCGCGCUGGCGUUGACCAACUCGGAUCACCUGACGAUAUACAACGCUUACCUGGGGUGGAAGAACUCCCAGAUCGACGGACAGAGAGCAGAAAUGUCCUACUGCAGGAAACACUUCCUCAACCGCACAGCUCUCAUUACAAUCGAGAGUGUGAAGCACGAGCUGAUGAAGAUGAUGGAGCAGGUGGGUUUCUGGUCGUCUCGCUCCAAGCUGCAGGCGGCGUCGCUGUCCAAGCAGCAGAUCUCCGUGCUGAACGCGGUGCUGGCGGCGGGGCUCUACGACAGCGUGGCCCGCGUGCUGUGCACCCCGUCCGUGGACGUGCUGGAGCGCGUGGUCUGCACGGUGGAGACGCCCCAAGGCAAGGCUCAGGUGCACCCCUCGUCUGUGAACCGCAACCUGCAGACGCACGGCUGGCUGCUGUACCAGGAGAAGGUGAAAUACACGAAGAUCUACCUGCGAGACACGACUCUCAUACCUCCGUUCCCCCUGCUGCUGUUCGGAGGCGACAUCGACAUCCAGCACCGAGAGCGGCUCAUCACGCUGGACGGAUGGAUCCACUUCCAGGCGCCCGUACGGAUCGGUGUGAUCUUCAAACACCUGAGGAAGCUGAUGGACUCUCUGCUUGAGAAGAAGCUGGAGAACCCGAGGAUGAAUCUUGAAGGCGAGAGGACCAUCCAGAUGAUUCUGGAUCUGAUCAGAUCAGAGUGACCUCGGACCAUCAGACUGAAGAACCAGGAAGUGUUCAGGAUGAACGCCUGCAGACAGAUGUGAGCGUCUUAAACAUGAACUGAUGGUUACCGGGAACUCACGUUGAGGAGGACUGUAUCAUAUGAAAUGCAAAAAACUACAAAGAAAAAUGAUGUUGCCAAAUGUGGUGGAAAUAAAGCUGUACACAUUUCUAUUGAAA